AUGGAACUUCAUCGGCCGGUCGACGGCAAUAAGUCAUAUGAAGAAAUGACACCUGAUGAGAAACUUAGAUAUGAUCAUCAGAAGUUACAUGAAAAACAUCGCGGUCAUGACUCUAUGCACAUGACAAUGGUUUUUAUUCUAAUUGCAACUCUUGUGAUUGCCCAAAUCAUAGUUUCAGAAUGGAAGAAAAUACACUAUAGGUCAUAUGCAUCUUUCACAAUGGUGGCGAUGUGGUCGAUACCGUUAAUUAUGAGCAUCCACAACCAUUGGACACGGUUCUUGAUUAUUUGGACCAUCUUCACUCUACUCACUGCUCUAGUUAUAUGGAAAUCUACACAUAGACCCAUGUCCGUCACAACACCAAGAUUGGUGUACAAAUGGUUCUACUUAAUAUACAAAGCGAGUUGCUUCUUGGGUUUGUUUGGUUAUAUAGUCAUGAUGUUAGCUUUCUUAAACAUUAAUGUAUUUUUCAACCAACAACCGCAAGUAUGGAUGGACACGGGCCUUAUAUGUUUAUUUUAUGGUCUAUAUUUUGGUGUUUUGGGACGAGAUGUGGCUGAAUAUUGUACUGAUAAAAUGGCGGCUACAAUUGGGUAUUACACAAAAGAAGGAAUGCCAACGCGACAUCUGGAGACCAAUGUUUGUGCCGUGUGCGGGAACAAGUUGCUGGUGGACGUUAAUGAGGAGGGAGUUUUAGAGAACACAUACAAAUUGUCCUGCAGCCAUGUGUUCCACGAGUUCUGCAUACGUGGCUGGUGCAUCGUCGGCAAAAAGCAGAGCUGUCCCUACUGCAAGGAGAAGGUGGACCUCAAGUUCAUGUUCACUAACCCAUGGGACCGACCCCACAUACUGUAUGGACAGCUGUUAGACUGCAUCAGAUGGGUGAUCGCCUGGCAGCCACUAGUUCUCUUCCUAGCCCAAGGAAUCAAUUGGCUGCUUGGACUCGAA